UUCUAGCUGUUUCUUGCCCACACUGACAGCUCUAGUACAGGUUGUCUCCAGGCGUUCUCAAUGGCAGACCUGAGUAUUUCUCAAUCGAUCUCUGAUCUGGCACCAUGCCCUAGUAGGCAGCUCUGCCUUUCAGGACUGCGGGAAAAGUAAAUGCCAGCUCCUGUGGGGCUCCUAUUGGCUGCUACCCAGCUUUCCCAGUGACAGAAGUCAUUGGAUUGCACUAUUGUUAUGGACGUUUCUUUGAGGCAGGAAAGCCAAAGCCUUCUCCGGUGUAGGAAUGACUCGGGUGAGAGAAGUUCUCGGUGUGUAACACAGAGGGGGCGGGGCCUGGAGUCGCAGCCCAGCCAGGGAGGUCAGCCCCGAGCGCACUCGCAUACACCGUGGAGCUGUCUCGUUCACACAAGCCGCGCUUCCAGCUGAGGAGAGGACAUGUUGCGCCCUAGCCCCGCACUCCCCCAGAUGCCCCCUGUGGAUUAACCCUUUGCCCCGCUGCUGCCAGACACUGCCAAGAUUCCCCCCCGCCUCGCACGCUUCCUCGUCUGCCUCGCGCGUCUUGGGCCCUCCUCUCUGUCUGUAAGAGGCAGAGAUGGCUGCGGACGGAGCUAGAUCCAGGUUUGGGAAUCUGGGCCACCGUGGAGGAGGAAGCAACAGCAGCAGCCCGUCUUCUAGCCCUAAGCUCGGUGGGGGCAAGACCAGGACCCCCCCUCCUCAGAAGAAGCAGAACCCCUCGUCACCUGGCAGCAAGCACCAGCCACCCAGGCAAGCCUCAGCCGCUUCUCCCGGGCACAGCUUCAAGAAAGUCACCCUCACCAAGCCCACCUUCUGCCACCACUGCACGGAUUUCAUCUGGGGGCUGGGCGGCUAUCAGUGUGAAGUUUGCAAUUUUAUGUCUCAUGAAAAGUGCCUAAAGCAUGUGAAGACCCUUUGCAGUUGCUUGGCUCCAGGUCUAGUAAGAGUUCCAGUUGCACAUUGCUUCCGACCUCCAGGACAUUAUAAAAAAAAGUUCUGCACCGUUUGUCGAAAACUUCUAGAAGACACUUUGACUAUAAGAUGUGAAGUUUGUGAACUCCACGUGCACACAGACUGCGUUCUAUUUACUUGCAGUGAUUGUCGCCAGUGUCACCAUGAUGGACAACAUGACCAUGACACAUAUCAUCAUCACUGGCGAGAAGGAAAUUUGUCUUCAAGUGCCCGGUGUGAAGUGUGCAAAAAAACAUGUGGUUCUUCCGAAGUUCUUUCAGGCAUGAGAUGUGAAUGGUGCGGCAUUCAGGCACAUGCAGCUUGUUAUGCGAUACUGAACCAUGAAUGUACGUUUGGAAGGCUGAGAAAUAUGGUGCUUCCACCAAACUGUGUUGUUUUACAGUCCCGGAAUUUUAGCAAAAUGCACUGCUUUAGAAUAUCAGAGAAUCUUCAAGCUGAACAUGACAAUGACAAUGAAACAGAGGGAACAACACAAGUAUCGGUUAAGGAAACUCCUACAUCUGCAGAUUCAAGUAAACAGACUUUGAAGAUUUACGAUGGUCAUGAUGCGGUAAAGCGGAAUCAGCCUAGAAUGAUCUCUGUUCCAAGAAUUGCAAAAAGUGAAGAAGUAGUGGAGGCCUCCUUGCGGGCAUUUUACAUUCCUGAUGACCCACAGGAUUAUGAGCUUCAGACACUGACUCAGCAGACAUUGGUCUCUGAUGACAUCAUUAACAGAAAUGGAGCUACAGAUGAUGGCAAAGGCAGUUCAGUGUUCAAAGAGGCAACUCCGGAAGCUUGGAUAAUCAGGGCAAAGCCAAAGGAGCGGGAAGUCAUAAAAGUUUAUCUUGGCUGGAUGAAAGUGGGUGUGGCUUAUAUAUCCAUUCCGGUACACCAUGAGAACACUGUGCAAAGUGUUAUUCAAGAAGUUCUGCUACAGCUUGGUCGUCUGAAGGAAAAUCUAGAGAAUUUCAGAUUAGUAGAAGUACUUAUGGGCAGCAAACAAGUGCAGAGAAUGGUUCUGCCGGUUGAAGAGUUAAUUCUUGACAGACUUACAGACAUACAAAAGACCUCUAUCCGGCAAAUGAAUCAGACUAGAUUUUACUUAGAAGAAAACACAAAGCAUGUCAUUAAAGUAGACCUCUUGCUGAGUGGCUUACCAGUUUUACUUUCUAAUGAGGAAUAUAACAAUAUCUUAAAAGACAGCCUGGAAAUAAAGGAAAAUGUGGUCACGGUCAUUCCAUGUUAUGCCCCCCAAGGUGCUGUUGUGUUGCAGAUUUCCUGUUUUUCUGAAGCAGAGCGAAUAUUUAUGCUAGUUAAAGACACUACGGUUAACAACAAGCAGCUUACAGCUACUAUAAUCCCUCAUAUCAUGCAUGAAAAAUUACCUCAAAGUUCCUGCCCUCUUUUGGUAUUUGUCAAUCCAAAGAGUGGAGGUCUCAAAGGCCGUGACCUUCUCUACAGUUUUCGCAAACUGCUGAAUCCACAUCAGGUUUUUGAACUGACAAAUGGAGGCCCUUUGCCCGGAUUUCAUGCAUUCUCUCAAGUUCCCUAUUUCCGAGUGCUUGUGUGUGGGGGUGAUGGAACAGUUGGUUGGGUGCUUGGUGCACUUGAGGAAAUUCGACACAAAUUGGUUUGUUCAGAACCAUCUAUAGCUGUCCUUCCUCUUGGAACAGGUAAUGAUCUGGGGAGAGUACUUCGUUGGGGAGCUGGCUACAGUGGGGAGGAUCCAUAUUCAGUCCUCAUAUCUGUGGAUGAAGCUGAAAAUGUCCUUAUGGACCGUUGGACCAUACUUCUUGAUGCUCAGGAGGUUGUUGAUUCAAUGGAAAAUGGUAUAUCUGAACCUGAACCACCAAAGAUUGUGCAAAUGAACAACUAUUGUGGGAUAGGGAUUGAUGCAGAAUUAAGCUUAGACUUUCACCAUGCCCGUGAAAUCGAGCCUGGUAAAUUCAAUAGCAGGUUUCACAACAAAGGCGUGUAUGUUAAAGCCGGUUUGCAGAAAUUAAGUCACAAUCGAAAUCUGCACAAAGAUCUAAAGCUUCAGGUUGACCAGCAAGAAGUGGAGCUUCCGAAUAUCGAAGGACUUAUCUUUCUAAAUAUUCCUAGUUGGGGUUCAGGAGCUGAUUUGUGGGGCUCUGAUAAUGAUAAUCGAUAUGGAAAGCCAAGAAUAGAUGAUGGUUUGCUUGAAGUUGUUGGGGUAACUGGAGUGGUUCACAUGGGCCAAGUUCAAGGAGGACUUCGUUCAGGUAUUCGAAUUGCACAGGGUUCCUAUUUCCGUGUAACACUUCUAAAACCUAUUCCAGUCCAAGUAGAUGGUGAGCCCUGGAUUCAGCCACCAGGACAAAUAAUUAUUUCUGCUGCAGGACCAAAGGUUCACAUGCUAAAGAAAUCUAAGCAGAAGCAAAAGAAAACCUCAUCAAGCUCCAAAGAGUCAAAAGGAGACCCUGUUACACUCUCUAAUGACAAUGGAAGCUAAGAGCAAAUGUCCGCACGAGAGCUUCUCAGUAAAACACUGCUGUGCAGACUUCAGGCGCUAGAGGACCUGAGUCCCAAAAAUAGCCUUCUGAGGGAUAUUGAUACUGAAUUCUGCUCCCAAAGUAUACUUUCAUUGUGUUGCAUGAAUGCAUUCCCUGAGGCUUCCAGUGCCCGUUUUCGGAAUAAAAUAAUCAGGGCUUUGGGCUUGUAUACAUAAUGUAGAUAUUAUCCAACCUUUGUAAAGGGUUAACAAGUAGCUUCUGCAUGCUACAACAUGGCUGUAAGGGUGCAGUGUUAUUAUUUACCGUUGCGGUUAUGCCUGGCUCUAUCAAAGAUAAAUUAUUUUAGGUUCCUUCCUCUGUGCCCAAAUACUUGACGUAAGAACCAUGUUAGAAGGUUACCGUAACUGGCCAUUAUGUUAAUAAGCAUAUACAAGCAGAUCCCAUAUGUUUUCUGUACUGUAUUUAAAGCACUAUCCACUUUCUUUAGAAGAUUCAUUUUUCUAUGUGUGGUAAUAUAAAUAUAAUGAGCAGAGCGUUCUAGAUAUUUGAGUUUAAUUUCUCCCUGAAAAAGGGAGGCUUAGUUUUAUUACUAUAGUUAAAUUUAGGUAGUGCAGGAAAAACUUAAGUCUGCUUCACCAAAGUCUACAUAAUAUCUAAGUAUUUGAAAGCAUCUAUGGUUUAGAAGGGACCUGUCCUCCCUUUAUUGCCACCUGAGCCACGAGUCAUUGUGGUGGUCCCUGGUGGCUUCUCCCCACUCAACUGGUUUUAAUGGACAGAUCUCUGCCUAUACCUAAAGAGGUAGAGAUCUAUGAAUCAUGACUGUUGAGCGGGAAGUAGACAUGAGGACCACCCCAAUCACUCGUGCUUUAAGCUGCUCGCAAGUGAUGGCCGGUUUCCUUUAAGUCCCCAUGAAGUUUAAAGUAAGUAUUUAAAUAUUUCCAAUGGUUAAAUAUAUUUGUUUGCUUGUUAACUAAAUAGGAUUCUGCAGCUGUAGAUUGUUUAGACAACUAUUAAUUUAACCCCAGUGAUCAGGUUUUACCAAAGUAAAGUUUGUAUGACUUUGUUAUGUAAUUGUGCUGGUAACAAUUUACUGUAUAGUGUCUGUGUACUAAUAUCCAAGUGCUGUCAUACUAAAUCUCCAAUAAGUGGGACUUCUAUAGGUGUUUACCUAAAUGUAUGUGGUAUUUUGGCUAUGAAUAUUAAACUAGUAAGUGUAUGUUUACUACAUUUGCAGAGGUAAAUUAGAUGAGUUUUAUAGAUGCAAAUGCUGUUUCUAUAUGUUUAUAAUGUAAAGUGUUAAAAUGCAUGAAAGGAUGUGUUGUUUGUGUAGACAGUUGAUGUUAGGGUUAUUACAGUACUUUGUACUGGGAAUGCUGCAGAAACAUAAUUUGUAUUUUAUUCUUUUACUACCUAGAGAAGAGUCAGACCAAAGUUCCUGCAUUAAAGGGGUAUUCUGACUUUAGACAUUUUAUCCCCUAUCCAAAGGAUAGGGGAUAAGAUGUCUGAUAGUGAGGCGCCCGCCCCUGGGACCCCCAUGAUCUCCCUGCAGCCACCCGCAUUAUGUGAGAGCUGCGUCUCCAGGCUUGGAAACCGGAAGUUUUCGGGACUGGAGACGUGACUUAACACGUGAUGUAAUGCGGGUGCUGCAGGGAGAUUGCGGGGGUCCCAGGGGUGGGCUCCAAAAGGAUAGGGGAUAAAAUGUCUAAAGCCGGAAUACCCCUUUAACCACGUUUCCAGUGUUUAUAUUUGAAACA